AUGGCGCUGGCGUCCGGGGGCAGCGUCCGGACGCGCCCGGCUCUCCCGGCGGCGUGGGACGGCGUGGGACGGUUGGCCCGCAGCCUGGCUUCAGGCAUCCUGCUCCGGGUCUCCUUCCUGUCUGCUGCCCGCAGCGUCUGCCAGCAGGGGCUCGGCAGCCGCGGAGCUGGGCGGCCGCACGCUCGGCUUCCAAUGGAUGACUUGUGCAGUUUAACAUCCCAAUUGCUGUCCACUGAGCCAGCUGCAGUAGUGCCUGAGUCUACAGAAGAUAUUCUCUUGAAAGGCUUCACUUCCUUAGAAAUGGGAGAUGAAAGAAUUGAGACUGCACAGCAGUUUUUCUCGUGGUUUGCAAAGCUGCAAACUCAGAUGGAUCAGGAUGAAGGAACUAAAUAUAGAAACAAACUGAAUUCUCCUACGUUGUCUGUGAAUAGUGAAGGAUUUAUACCUAUGCUGGCCAAAUUAGAUGAUUGUAUAAUGUAUAUCUCAUCUCAUCCUAAUUUUAAAGAUUACCCUGUAUACUUACUGAAGUUUAAACAAUGUCUUUCUAAAGCUUUGCACCUCAUGAAGACAUACACUGUGAAUACACUACAGACCCUCACAAAUCAGCUACUAAAAAGGGUGAGUGUGGUGUAUGUUUGUCUCUUGCAGGUUCGCAGUGGCUGUGCCUUUAUGGUCCACGUAUGCCAGGAUGAGCACCAACUUUAUAAUGAAUUUUUUACAAAGCCGACGUCAAAAUUAGAUGAGCUUUUGGAGAAAUUGUGUGUGUCAUUGUAUGAUGUCUUCAGGCCAUUGAUCAUUCACGUUAUUCACUUAGAGACUUUAUCAGAACUUUGUGGGAUUCUUAAAAAUGAAGUUCUUGAGGAUCACGUUCAGAAUAAUGCUGAACAACUAGGAGCAUUUGCAGCUGGAGUAAAGCAAAUGUUGGAAGAUGUACAGGAACGGCUUGUGUACCGAACCCAUAUCUACAUUCAGACGGAUAUCAUGGGCUAUAAACCAGCUCCUGGAGACUUGGCGUAUCCUGAUAAGUUAGUCAUGAUGGAGCAAAUUGCACAGAGUUUGAAAGACGAACAAAAGAAGGUACCUUCAGAAGCUUCAUUUUCAGAUAUUCGGUUAGAAGAAGCAGAGUCUAACAGUCUAACAAAGUCUGCUUCAACAGAAUCCCUCAAUCCUAGACCACAGACCACGAUUUCUCCCGCAGAUCUGCAUGGAAUGUGGUAUCCUACAGUUCGAAGAACUCUUGUCUGUCUCUCCAAAUUAUACAGAUGUAUAGAUAGGGCUGUGUUUCAAGGAUUAUCACAGGAAGCCUUGUCUGCCUGCAUUCAGUCCUUACUGGGAGCAUCCGAUUCUAUCAGCAAAAACAAGACUCAGAUUGAUGGGCAACUUUUCUUAAUUAAGCACCUUUUGAUUCUUCGUGAACAAAUUGCUCCAUUUCACACUGAAUUCACCAUUAAGGAAAUUUCCCUGGACCUCAAGAAAACUAGAGAUGCAGCAUUUAAAAUCCUGAAUCCUAUGACUGUUCCGAGAUUUUUUAGGCUGAAUAGCAACAAUGCCUUGAUAGAGUUCUUGUUGGAGGGUACUCCUGAGAUAAGAGAACAUUAUCUUGACUCUAAGAAAGAUGUAGACCGGCACCUGAAAUCCGCCUGUGAACAGUUUAUUCAGCAGCAGACCAAGCUAUUUGUUGAGCACCUCGAGGAGUUCAUGACAAAGGUUUCAGCAUUAAAAACAAUGGCCAGUCAAGGAGGUCCCAAGUAUACCCUUUCCCAGCAGCCUUGGGCACAACCAGCUAAAGUUGGUGAACUUGGGACAACUGCCUAUAAAACAUUAAAGACAAAGCUGCCACUGAUACUGAAAAGCAUGUCACUCUACCUGUCCAACAAAGAGACAGAGUUCAUCUUGUUCAAGCCUGUUAAGAAUAACAUUCAGCAAGUCUUCCAGAAGUUCCAUACCUUGUUAAAGGAAGAGUUCAGCCCUGAAGACAUCGAGGUCAUUGCUUGUCCUUCCAUGGAACAGGUGAACUUUCUGCUCUCCGUGUCUAAUUAAGCAGGCCUGUUGGACUGGGCUGGGCUGUGUGUUAGCAGUGUCCUGUGGGCCAGUGCUGAGGAGUCUUGGCGGCCUGCAGGGUGCUGAAGAAUCUUGAGAACCACCUGGGCAUGCUGCUCCAUGCUGCCAGCAGAAGGAAACAAAGCGAAGUGAAGAGAUUGGUGUUACCCUUUCACAGACACCAUAUGCCAAAGAUUCAUUGAUGAGUUGUGGUAACCAUCCUAUGUCAGCAGUCACCAGAGCAGAAGCUUCUAUAGUAGCCAUGGGGGAAUGUUUCCUCACAAACGUUGUGCAAUAAAAAGAGGUUACAAUAAGUAGUGCAAAGAACUUUAUGGAAAUACAGCUAACUGGAAAGCUGUUAAUGCUUGAGACACUGCAACACUUUUAACCAAUGAGCAUUCCACAGUGACUAUUUUUGUACUUCCAGAAAUCUUACUUCUACACUCUAUUUUAUGUCAUGUUUCUUCUAUCAUUUUGAAGCUUAGGUGGGAGUACUUAUAGUUCCAUUUAAGAAUGCAUCCUCCUUGCUCUCCUGGGAAUUCAGGGUGUCAUCUUUGUCUGGGAGAGGAAGAGGCAGAGGCCUCAUGUAACCCAUGCCCCUUGAAUGGCUGGGGUGCAGAGCAUUCAGAGCAGGGAACUGUAGCCACCACAGACACAGGUGGUAUUGGCCUCUUCAGUGCAGAUCUUCAGGGUUCUGUAGUCUGUAGGUGUGUGUGGGGAUUACCAAUUAAUGUGUCUUGAGUCCGGGACAUCAAGGAGAAAGACACUAAUGAGCGGCAGGUUUCAUGAAUGAAGUGUAGUCAGUCGUUUUCUGCAUACUACCUUCAGUUACAGUUGUCCUUUAAAAGGCAAACGCUUUCCUGUGUAUCUCUUUAUCUGCCUGUCCAGUGCUGUGGCAGCCUUGGAAUCUCCAACCCUGCCACAGUAGAAUACAUUCACCCACAAAUGGAAGGAUGACAAACACUGCCCAUACUGUAUCAGGGAUCACAAAUUAUGAGUAUCUGCGAAUUUUCCUACAAAUUUUUCAAAUUCAGAAUUGGAUUGCCUUUUGCCUCUGAUGUUACAGUAAAUGUAGCUUUUUUUUGUUGUUGUUGUUCAAAAAAGAAUUCUGAGUCAUUGAGAAUUCUCAAGCAGUGGGGUUCUGGAGUGGAGCCAGCGACCUUGUGGUGCAGGUGGUAUGAGUAGCAUGCUCCUUAACCUGAACGCAGGCUCUUGCACAGGGCUCCUGAGGUCAGUUGCUUUUCAACCAGGUUUGAAUUGGUGGUGGACAUUGUUUGAUAGAGCUUAUUACUCUCUAUUUUGGGAAGGUAAGAGGGUCCAUAUUCUUUCUUUGCCAUAAAUGAAUUAGGAAAAUUAUAUUUACUUACAUUUACUGUUUUAAAUAUGUUUAAUGAAAUAAACUGUAAAAUAUCCAGUUUCAUGUAUUAUAUGUAUAUUAGGUUUUCCAGUAGCCUUUCCAAAGAAAUGAAGGCAUGAUUAUUGUACAGUACUGUGACUGAUUAGUUUGCUGUACAAAGCCGAAUGUGUUCUUCGGGAUACAAGUAUGUAAUGGCACUUGUUCUUGUGGUUUGAUCUUUCGUUUCAGAAACAUUCAGAUACCUUACAAAGUGCUGGGUAGGAAAUAGUGAUCCAACUUGUUUGCUAAAUGAAUAUUUGUUUAAAUCUGUACAGUUUCACGUGUUUACUUAUACAGAGUGUACAUACUUUGAAAAUAAUUAAUUUAAAAUGCUUUAUAUUAUUUGGCUAGAAAUUGCUGUUUUUAAUAAAUGAAUUUUUUA